AUGGCUUCUACAGCUUGUGGUGAAGUGCUACGGGAUAGUCUGGGAAACUUUGUGUUUGCCUUGUGUGAAAUGUUGGGACGAUGCUUUGUGGUUCAAGAUGAACUAUGUGCUAUAUUUCAUGGACUUCGAAUCAUAAAAGAGAGAGGAAUUUCUGAUCCUAUUUUAAUAGAGUCAGACUUUGCCACUGUAGUUAAAUUCCUAAAUGAAGGUUGCCCUAGAGAAAACUCAUGUUGUUCUUUGGUCAACCAUGUAGUUUAUAUGGCGGGUGAUAACGAUAGUGUGAAGUGUGUCCAUAUUUUCAAAGAGGCCAACCAAGUUGCAUAUCGUUUUGCUAAGCAGGGGCUAUCCAUUUUAGGUAUGGUGGGAACUAAAAAGGAAAUAAUUGAUCAAAGUUGUGUGGAAAAUUUUUCAAAAUCUCCUCUGUCCAGACCAGUAUGGAGUAUUGGUGAUGUAUAUAUGAAACACGCGCAGUUUAAUCGGGAACCACUUAAUCCAAAAUUCAGACUUCUUGAACCAAUGAACGUGCCUAUCUUGUCUGCUAAUCCCACUAUCAUUUCUCAUGCUUUGCAACCAAAUGAUUCCUUCCUUAUAUUUGCAUCAGAUGGUUUAUGGGAACACCUAACUAAUGAAAAAGCUGUGGAUAUUGUCAACAGCAAUCCACACGCCUAUGGUGUAGAACCAAACUAUUACUACAUGGUUUGCAUGCUGGGCGAAUUGAACCGGGACUUUUGA